GAGCAAGACCCGCGCACUUCGUCCACUCAUCACGUCUCGCACUCUGCAGCCACAAUCGACCACACAGAGGGAUUGUCCAUCGUCGUCUGUUGCGACCCAAGCUGUCUCUUGCGCCGUAGCAUCUCGCACAAAGAGCCUUUUGGGCUCGGACCGCGGCAGCUGAAAGGCAGAACAAAGGGAGGCGCACGUACCGGGCAAAGCGAGCGCGACGAGACCCCGCAAGGGCGAGGUAUCCAUCCCCCUUCCAACAACGACUCCCCCCAUCAGCACACCACACACACCCUAUCCCAGAGGACCCGGUCACUGCGUCGAUCCCCACGAUGGUUCGCUCGGUGACAUUUGAGAUCCGAUGGCAUGACAUGCAGCCAAUCUAUGGCAAUUCGUUCCAGCCAAUCUCGCCGUCUCAUCUGAGGCGCGUGCUCGACCAUAACCAGGCUCAAGCGGCGGGCCUGGAGCCGGGCAAGAUGCUCGCUGAUGCGAUCAGCAAUGCAGAUGCCGGAGGAGCGGGACCUAGCAAGCCAAAGAACGCGCCAUUGCCUCUGAGCGCCCAGGGACAGAGCUGGCGCCUGGCCACGGCCGGCGGCGACAAUCACGCCAGGAUCUGGCUCGUUCAUCCCAAUAUCCCUUCGCCCGCCGCGCUGGCGGCCGCGGCCAAUGGACCUGGCCCUGCGCCCUCGCCAAAUCCCCCCAGGGUCGAAUAUCGCGCGACGCUCAGGCGGCAUUCCGGCGUGGUCAACUGUGCACGCUUCAGCCCCAAUGGCGAGCUCCUAGCCACGACUGGCGAUGAUGGGAUGGUGCUCCUCUGGAUUCCAUCAGAUGCGCCCACAUCUGCGUUCGGCUCGGCCCUGGACGAUGACCUCGACGCAGACUUUGCAAAGGAGCACUGGAGACUUAGGACCAUGGCCAGAGCGUCAUCUUCGGAGGUGUACGAUCUCGCGUGGUCACCCACUGGCGACUCAAUUGUCACGGGCGGAACGGACUUUGUUGCGCGGAUCAUUAAUGCCAACGAUGGCACCGUCAUUCGAGAGAUCUCGGAGCACAACCACUACGUUCAGGGUGUCGCUUGGGAUCCCCUCAGUGAAUACAUUGCGACGCAAAGCAGCGAUCGGUCGGUACAUGUCCAUCAGCUCCACGCUCGUAAUUCGUCUUCGGAGAUUUCUGCUGUGCACACCGUCAGCCGCAACACGAGGUUGGACCUGCACCGGCGGACGGGCAGCGGAAGCGGGCCUUUUGUCUGGGACCCCAGCGCCAAACCGCCCAUGAAGAGGAGAGCGAGCAGCCAUGCUAGUCAUGCCAGUGACAGCGAAAGGGAGAAUCAACCGACCAGCACGACCAGGGCAAAGAGGACAGGAAGAAGCAGCACACCACUUGAUAUCGCCGCUGCCGCUGCUCAUGGUUCUAUGGGCUCUGCUGCCGGUCCGUCCUCUGCUUCUUCGGCUGGAGCAGGAGGUUCAGGCGGCGGAGCUCGAGCAGCUACACCAACGCCUUCGCAUUCUGUCACCCCCAGCCCGGCAGGAGCAUUUGGAAGCGGCGGGAUGAACCCUCCUCAGAAGACGCCAAGCCGACGAUCUAGCUUCAGCGGCUCUCAGGCAGAAGUGCUUUCCCCGCCAACGAGUGCGACUUCGCUGGCCCCAACGGCAUCCAAUCCUCCCAGCGCGAGCGCGAGCGCCACGACGCCUCACAAACAAGUCCCGUCGGAGCCUGUGAUCCCUCAUCCUCCCUCGAGCAGCAGUCGCUCAGCAUCGCGAAAUCGUGCCAUUACGCCACGUUCCCCUUCACCUGCCCCUCCGCUCCCUGCGAUUCGAGCGCCACCCUCACCUAAGCAGCGCAUGGCUGCUGCUCAAGGUGGACAGCUUGCCAAAGUCGGCAUGCGACUCUACGGGGACGAAAACUUCAGCGGCUUUUUCCGUCGUCUAACCUUCAGCCCUGAUGGUGCGCUGCUCGUGACGCCAACCGGGAUCUUUGAAAACUGCACAGUGACGAAUGGAACCGGUGGUAAUGGAAGCAGCAACGGAAGCAGCAACCCGAGUCACAAUCUGUCGAGCAGCCCUACGGUGGCGCACUUUGGGCCCUUGGGCGGCGGUGGGACGCCUCGACGAUCGAGCGACAUUGAGGGCGAUUCAGCGUUGUCGUCAGCUGUCCGAGCUAGCCCAGCAAGAGGUGCAAAGGCGACAGGUUCUCCUUCGCCUUCUCCAACUCCUCAAGCUCAUCACGGUCCUCCUCCUCCGCAUCAUGCUUCUUCAGCAUCGGCUCCCCGAUCUACGGUUUACCUGUACGGACGAGGGAAUCUGCAUCGUUCGAAUGCGCCUAUUGCUCAUCUGCCCGGCCAUAAGACAGCAUCUCUCGUCAUAAAAUUUUCCCCGAUCCUCUACGAGCUUCGAGACGACGGUCGAGGGGUAAGCAGCGAAGAUACAGGCGGGAUCGCGCCCCAUCCGACGGUGCCACUCGAAGUGGGUAAGCAAAAGACGGUCGCUCUCUCUUCGGCAGCGUCAACUGCCGGAGGCAUGGCAUCGUCUUCUGCCGUGCUUGGCAAGACCCCGGAAGAGGAAGGUGGCUCCAAGCGACCGUCUUCGUCGUCGAGUUCGAGCAAAGCGACGCCGGUCAGCAUGAUCGGAUUACCAUACCGAAUGAUCUUCGCGGUUGCGACACACGACAGCGUCUGGAUUUAUGAUACACAGCAGGGCGGGCCGCUGUGCUGCUUCAGCAACAUGCACUAUGCAAGCUUCACCGAUCUGACCUGGAGUCCUGACGGUCAGACACUCAUGAUGUGCUCCACCGAUGGUUACUGCUCCGUCGUCGUCUUUGAUUACGGCGAGCUUGGUGUGCCGUAUCAAUAUGCGAGCCAGCCAAGCCUUCAUCAGCCGCCCGUAUCCGCCAGCGUGUCGUCCAGUGUCGCAGUCUCUUCGCCAAGGUUGGCAAGUAAGGCGGCCGUCGCAAUGGUCUCUUCUGCAUCUGCACCAGGAGCUUCCGCCACCGUGGCACCCUCCUCCAGCGUCAAUGCCCUCGGCUUGGGCAUUUCUGAUUCGACUGACUCGGCCACUUCUACGCUCCCAAAGCUGCACGAGGGAGAUGCGACCUCUUCAUCUGACGACAAGCCGCUUGCGGCUCUCCCCAAAGACGACGACUCGGCGCCCAGCGCGAAGAAGAGGCGGAGAAUCGCUCCGACACUGCAAGGACCCGUCGGUAGUUGAAAGUCAAAGAGUCUCUCUCUCUCUUUCUUUCUCUCUCUCUCCUCUACUCUUCAUUAGCUUUCCCUCUGCAUGCGUGUUUCUAUGUUGUCACCGACGGGUUUUGUUUCUUCGACCGUCUGCUUCUCCUCCUAGUACAUCCAAUUCAUGAUUCGACGUCACUCCAAGCACAUCUUCUAACUUUCCCUUCUUUAAAUUACCUAUAGUUUCCCCUCUCC